AUUCCCUCAUUCAAACCAAAAUUCUUAGUUGAGUUCUCCUUCUUAACGACCGACAGAAAAUAGGAUUGAUCAAAUUUUAUCACGUCUGACAGAAAAUAGGAUUAAUUAGAUUCUAUUGUGUCUGACAUUGCUCCAUUACCUUAUAAAAUCCCAUUCUAAAGAGCAAUUAUUUCCUCAUUCGAACCAAAAUUCUUCAUUCAGUUUAACUUUACGACAUAAAACAAUCUCGAUCAAAUUUUGUUGAGUCUGACAUUGUUUUGUUACCUUAUCGGGUAUUACUUCAAACAAUUUUAACAUUACCAAUGGCUUCUUGUCUAUUCUUUUUUGUUGUCUUUUCCCUACCCUUUAUUGUUAAAGCUCAAGAAAGGUCUCCUCAUGGCCUUGCUUAUGAAAGCCCUGUUGCAGUUUCACCAGAAGCAUACUCAUUUUUUCACCCUGAGACUCAAAAACAGAACACUACUACUAGUGAAAGUUUAUGUGAUGAUAAUAAUAGUACACCAGGUUGUUCAAGAUUUCCUACAACAUCAAGUGUGCAGUCUAAUUUGGCACAUGAAAGUUUAUCGCAAACCCACGAGGAAGGUGAUACGCGAAUGGGAGCUGGUGGGAUGGUUGGAAUUGCUCUUGGGUUCGGGUUUGCUAUUCUGUUAGCAUUCGGUGUUUACUAUGUGGCAAUUGUGCAAAAACGCAACUCGAGCAAAGGUGCUCCUGUCCAGCUCAAUGUCUAACUCUUCAAAAAUAUUGUUGCAUUAUGUCAGACCUCCCCAAAAUUCACUAUUUUAGAAGAAUUCGACAUGCACCUAUCGAUAUUUUUGAAGAAUCCAAACAACAUAGAUCACAUGCUUUUACUCUUAUCCAUCCCCUGCUGUUUCAUCUCAUUUUUUACCACCACCUUUUUUUGGUUUGUUACCUUUCCUAUAGUAAUAUGAUUUGGGAAUGUGAGAUGUAGCUAUUGUUUGUAUCAGUAGUUAGUGAUAUAAUAGUACAAUUAUUUAGUCAUUACUGUCAUCCAAACAAACCAUAAAUAUGUAUUUACUUUACAUACUUAAUUUUUAA